AUGAUCUUGCCGAUCUUUCUCGGUCUGGCCGCACUCUCGGCUGCCGCCGAAUUGUUAUCGUCCGCAACCCCGUCCAUAGGAUCAACUACUAUCUGGUACACGGCGCCCGCACCCGAAUGGAAUCUCGCCCUGCCCAUUGGCACCGGCCGCCUCGGCGGAAUGGUCUACGGCGGUACCCUAUCAGAGCGCGUGCAAAUGAACGAGGAUUCCAUCUGGAAUGGCGGUUUCCAGGACAGGCUAAAUCCGCGCGCAGCGACAAGCUUUCCCACCAUCAGGGGUUUGCUGCGGAACGAAAGCUUGACUGCGGCUGGUAGCGCCGUGCUAAGGGACAUGACGGGGAACCCAACCAGCCCUAGAGCCUAUCACCCCAUGGCCGAGCUAUUUGCCGACUUCGGCCAUCCUGAGGAUCAGCUAAGUAAUUAUUCGCGCUGGCUAGACACUCGUGGUGGCUAUGUGGGAAGCCAGUACAGCCACAAUGGCGUGCAAUAUACACGCACAUCGUUUGGGUCUUUUCCCGCCAGUGUUUUGGUCUUGCGCUUUGAAGCCGACAAGGAGCAGUCCGUCACCACCAACAUAACUUUGUUUCGAGAAUUCAAUGUGUCUUUCCAUGGGGCGAAUUUGAGUUUACCUGACAGCUACAUCACUCUCCGAGCAGGCAGUGGCCAGCAGGACGGCAUCAACUUUACCGCAAAAGCCCGGAUAAACAUUGCUGGGCAACAAGCCAAUCUGUCCACCAACGGUACUUCCGUGGAGAUUCGUAAUGCAGACGCCAUUACGAUCUUCGUGGAUGCAGAGACUUCCUAUCGUUACUCAACCGAGGAAGAGUGGGAAGCGGAACUUGAUCGAAAGCUUACAGCAACAGCUGAUGUCCCAUUCGAAACCAUAAAAAAAGAUGCUCUCGACGACUUCACCUCUCUCUCAGACCGGACGUCUCUUGACUUUGGAUCUUCUGGAGAUGUCGGCAAGCUUCCUACACUCGAUCGUCUUCACCGGUAUCGCAACGUGACAAUGAACGGUGAUCCCGAGCUUGCCACGCUGCUCUUCAACCUUGGACGCUAUAUGCUCAUCACCUCAUCGCGAAGUGAAGAUGGCAUUACCAACUUGCCUGCAAACUUGCAAGGUGUUUGGAGUCCGAGCUACAAUCCACCGUGGGGAGGCAAAUAUACCACCAACAUCAAUGUUGAGAUGAAUUAUUGGCCUGCUGAAAUUACAAACUUGGCAGAGACGCACCUGCCGCUUUUCGACCUCAUCGAAAUCACGCGUUCCCAUGGGAGAGACGUCGCGAAGAGGAUGUACAACUGCUCCGGUUUCAUGAUUCACCACAAUACUGACGUGUGGGGCGAUGGCGUUCCGACAGAAAACGGAACGCAGUGGUCCAUGUGGCCCAUGGGAGCUUCCUGGCUCUCUUUGCACCUCAUGGAACACUAUCGCUUCAACGGCGACAAGGAAUGGCUCGAGUCAACGGCAUUGCCUAUUCUCAAUGAGGUUGCCGAGUUUUACUACUGUUACCUUUUCGAUUACAAAGGCUACUAUUCGACAGGGCCCUCGAUUUCUCCAGAGAAUAGCUUCAAACUGAUGCCAAACCAGUCGGAAUACCCCAACACCGAGUCGAUUGACAUUGCCCCAACUAUGGACAAUGAGCUGCUCUUCGAGCUCUUCUCUGCCAUUGUGGAGGCUGCGCAGGAGCUUGAGCUCUCCGAGACGGAUCCAGCUAUACUGAAAGCUUCUCAGUACUUGGCUAAGAUAAAGCGACCUCAGAUCAGCCCGACCCUGGGUACGAUCAUGGAAUGGCGCCUAGACUACGAAGAGAAAGCUCCAGGGCAUCGACACGUGUCGCAUCUUUUCGGCCUUCAUCCUGGACGCAGCAUCAGUAUGGCUGAGACACCCGAACUCGCUACUGCCGCCAACGCUACUCUGAACAGGCGCCUCUCCAACGGAGGCGCAGGUACGGGUUGGUCGCGCGCCUGGACGAUAAACUGGUUUGCGAGACUAUGGCAGGGCGACGCGGCCUGGGAAAAUGCCCAGAUGUUCUUGAACGUUUCGACGAACGACAACUUGUUUGGCAAUAACCCUUACCCAACGUAUCAGUGCGACGGCAACUUUGGCUUCACUGCCGGCAUCGCGGAAAUGUUGCUUCAGAGCCACAACUCUGAAGUGCAUCUUCUGCCUGCGCUGCCGUCGCCUGAGGUCGCCAUCGCCAAUGGCACCGUGAAGGGGCUUGUGGCCCGAGGGGGCUUCGUUGUAGACAUCGCUUGGGAGGCAGGCAGAUUGAAGGAUGCGACGGUUGUUUCCAAGCUCGGGAGGCCCUUGACAUUGAAAGUGGGGAACGAGGCGACUUUCGAAGUGAAUGGGACAGACUACGCGGACACACUGCAGACACAGGAAGGCGAGAGCUUCCAGGUGACGCUGUAGGGCGAUGGGACGACAAAGUAGGUGAGAUGGAGUGCGUGCUGGCAGCUGGCAGCGUGGAAGUUUAAGCAAUUGGAUCUACGCGGACGGAUCAGGGGAUGCCUUUGGAUUAGUGUUGCGGAGACGACACGGCUAGCGGCAGCGGCAGCGGGCCGUUAGAGGCAAUGCAGAUUGGUGAAGAUGGUCCGCUCGGG